AUGACUCAAAUGAUAUGGAACGGAGUCAAGAAUGGAAUGGGAUCAAUCCAGAAAUCCUUCUCAACGACCGGGGUAAAGAUGAUCAAGACGAAAAAGCAGAAGAAGGAGAUCGAACGGCAGCGGCUGAAGGCAGAAGAGGCGAAGACAACGCUCCGGGAGAGUCUGCGACUGAAACAGAAGCCGGACCCAAUUCUGGGCUACUCAACCCAGAUCCCGAAGGCAUACUUGAACUGGGAAAACUGCGAGUUGAACAAGCUGAUCGUCAAGAAAGAGGACGUCUGGGCCGGACGGAUCGGGCCGGUAAAGCCGGACGAAGAUCGCUCUAAACCAGCACUUUCAACAACCGAUCAGGAGAACAACCUGAACCAACAAUCCCUCGUCUUAAACUUCGGACUGGACGAGAACGAGCAUCAGAAGGCGAUCCUCUUUGAUGGAUUGCCCAAAAUGAAGGAACUCAUGAAGAUCAAGAACCGGCCGAUCUUCGACCCUGCGCUCACCGAACCCGAUUCCUCAGCCUCCUCUGACUCGAUUCCUAACGAGCAGGAUGAAGAGGAUCUCAAAAAACUGCGACUGAUGAGGAUUUUGGACCUGCGGAACUCGAACUCGAAGGGGAUCGAUAAGUUUAUCAAGCUUAGGAUCCUCAAGGCCUUCUCUCCCAAAGACCCCCUUCACCCCAAAAAACUCGACCCUGGUUGCUCGGAAGUCCAAGCUGCGAUGAUCACUUACAGGAUCCAUGCGGUUUUGGACCAUGCAUGGCAAAACAGAAGAGACAAAGACUCUAAACGACACCUGUCCGACCUGGUCAUGCAGCGCAUGAAGAUCUUGAAAUAUCUUAAACGAACCAAGCCAAAGAGCUACUUCGAACUCUUACCAAGGAUCGGCCUGGAACCUAGGUAUCUCAAGGACGAACUGAUCGUUCGCGCUAAACUUCCCCUGCGUCCUGGAGAAUCCCUGGAUUAA